CUCGCGGUGAUCUGUUCAGUUCCAGAGUCGGAGCGUUCGUUUCUGUAAUAUGUGGCUGUGGCCAACAUCUAUUGAGGAUCCGCUGUUAUUAAGUCUUUGAAGAAAACGCUAUACUAUGAAGAAUUUUAUUAUCAGGCGUGUAUGGGAAGUUCGGUAAAGUGCAGUUAUUUUUACUACGUACAAAGCACAUCCUUCCAACUGUAAAUGACAUAGGGAAAGGACUGUCAUCUAGGCGACUUUGUAAACCCUAAUAUGUCCGUAUUUAACACCGAGGAGGAGAGCGUGAAUCUCUCUUAGGGACAAGCUGGUUAUUUAGGAGAUAAUCACGCUAAAUUUUAAUGUUAACUGGUGGCUAUAAUAAACCGACAGUUUUAGUCGUCGCUCCUUUCCGGCGUCCAGCGUCUUAAACAGCUGGGCACCCUGCGCAAAAACGUUAUCUGCCUUGAGUUACCUUCUUCAAUUGAACAUCUUGAAUACUUUUGUGUGGCAAAUAGCUGAAAAUAUUCCGGAAAACGAAAGUUACUUAUUUAAUGGAAAGGCUACCUGCCUGGGGAUCGGCUAGAUUUAAUAUAGUGAACUAAAAGACCCGCGAGUACGCGGUGGAAACCCAGUGGGCUUGGUCUGCAGACACCUAGGGGACACCGGAGCCACUCACCCCGACGACGGCAGGAUGCACGCAAGGGGCGACAGCAACAACACAGGCAAGGAGCAAUAUAACUGACCGCUGGCUGAAAACAAAGGCUGACUUAAGUGAAGAGUGAUCAGCCUCUCAAGGGGGACGGGAAGGAGAAAGUGAGCCAUUAGGAAACUCUGUACCUCAGCUGAGACGCCGCCUGGACGGAAACCCCUGGAGCUCACGUGCCGGACAGCGCUGAAUUUGAAGCCUCCGCCCGGCUGCCCAUUGCCGCCAUGAGCCGAAGGGAAGCCAUGACAGCCCCCCAGGUCCCCACCGGCACCCCCACGGCUGGUGUCAACGCCACCGCACCCCCAGGCCAAGGCCCCAAGGACGAGGCCUUCUCAAAGCUGAAGAACAAGUUCAUGAACGAGCUUAAGAAAAUCCCACUGCCAUCAUGGGCCAUCGUUGCCAUCGCCCUGGUCGCCAUCCUCCUCAUCGUCACCUGCUGCUUCUGCCUCUGCAAGAAGUGCAUCUUCAAGAAGAAGAACAAGAAAAAAGGCAAGGAGAAGGGCGGCAAGAACGCCAUCAACAUGAAGGACGUAAUAGAAGGCACCAAGAUGGAGGCCUUGAAGGAUGAGGAUGAUGCAGAGACAGGGCUGACGGAUGUUGAAAAAGAGGCGGAGCCCAAGGAGACGGAGAAACUGGGCAAAUUGCAGUACUCCAUGGAUUACAAUUUCACUGAGAACCAGCUCAUUGUGGGGAUCAUCCAGGCGGCCGAGCUCCCCGCCAUGGACAUGGGAGGCACCUCUGAUCCUUACGUUAAGGUCUACCUGCUGCCUGACAAGAAGAAGAAGUUUGAGACGAAGGUCCACAGGAAGACGCUCAACCCCUGCUUUAACGAACAGUUCAUCUUUAAGGUGCCCUACACCGAGCUGGGGGGCAAGACGCUGGUGAUGACGGUGUACGACUUCGACCGCUUCUCCAAGCACGAUGCCAUCGGGGAUGUGAGGGUGCCCAUGAACAAGGUGGACUUCAGCCACGUGACGGAGGAGUGGCGCGACCUGCUGAGUGCUGAGAAGGAGGAGCAAGAGAAGCUGGGUGACAUCUGCUUCUCCCUGCGCUACGUGCCCACGGCCGGCAAGCUGACCGUCGUCAUCCUGGAGGCCAAGAACCUGAAGAAGAUGGAUGUGGGUGGCUUAUCAGAUCCAUACGUUAAAAUCCAUCUGAUGCAGAACGGGAAGAGACUGAAGAAAAAGAAGACGACAAUCAAGAAGAACACCCUCAACCCCUACUACAACGAGUCCUUCAGCUUCGAAGUGCCGUUCGAACAAAUCCAGAAAGUGCAAAUUGUCGUGACUGUUCUGGACUAUGACAAGAUCGGCAAGAACGAUGCCAUUGGCAAGGUGUUUGUGGGCCUGAACAGCACGGGCACUGAGCUGCGGCACUGGUCAGACAUGCUGGCCAACCCCCGGAGACCCAUCGCCCAGUGGCACGUGCUCAAGCCCGAGGAGGAGGUGGACGCCCAGCUCAGCAGCAAGAAAUAGGGCCUCUUUUGUUUUCGUUUUUUUUUUGAUGCGCGCCUGUGUAGUGAUCAUUAUCCGGUACGUGUAAAUACCUCAGUGGUCUGUGGGUCCUCUCACCUCCAUGUCUUCUGUUUUAUUAACCCUUCCCUGCCCAAGCCUAAAAAAAUGCCACUUGCCCUGUGCCCGACCUCAGAGUCCAGUUUUCAGGUGUAUAGGCCCUUUUUAAAACCCCCCUUCUUCCCUCCGUGACACCCACCCCCCCCAAAAGAUAGCUUACCUGCCCAACACGCUCCCCUUCUUUUAAGCAAUAUGAUCUGUAUAGAUAGCGCAUGACAAAUUAUUUAUUGUACCACACAGUUGUAUAUAUCAGUACGCAGACAAAAUGAUUUAUAGUUUGUGUGUUUGUAUGUUGUUUAGCGUUUCCUAAUCUAUGUAUAUCUCAAUGUUUUUAAUAAGAUGUUCUAUUUUAAAUUAUGUAAAUGGAGAUAUAGGAGAGCUGAUAUAUUCAGAAUCUAUCUUACUGCAUUCCAGAAUAAGAAGCAAAACACCAAGUUGCAAAAUGCCAGUGGAGGUAAACUCAAAUUGUAAAGGACGGUGUCAGUCUGUUUGUUUACUUACCAAACCAUCAAAAAGAGGGAAAAAAAAGCUUAGAAGGCCAUUAACUAAUAUGGUUCCAUUAAUGAUAUAUUUAUAUGCUGCUCAAUAUAAGCACAUGGUUUCUUAUGACUUUUUAUAGCCGGUUCUCAAGCAGAGGACCUGUGAGAUUUAUCUUGAGAGCUGAUAUUCCGAGAAUUUCCAAGUCGAUGCAAGCCAACUCGCCUUUCCUUGUUUGAGUUAGUCUUUGCAGUGUGACACAGUUGCGGGUCUUUUUUUAGACACUUCUUUCCGUGAAUUGUCUUUUUUUUUAACAACUGGUCCUCUUGAACUUGUCUGUCUGUCUAUCUGACUCCCUGAUGUCCUAUCCCCACACAAAGCAGAACCAAGCUGUUACCAUCGUGUCUUCGGAGCUUAAUUAACGUUUUCUUAAUUGCUCAAUAGCCUUGUUGUUUGCUAUAGUGUAUAUUUUCUAAUUUGGGUUCCAAUUAGGGAGAAAGUUUAUGGCUCCUGCUUUAAUUUUUUAGGAAAAGAAGUUUACUUCUGACUAUUUUUUUGGGGAACUGCAUGAUUUUUUUAGAAAUAACCUUUGCUAAAUACCAGGUUGGGGGGAAGCUGAGCUUCCUCUGGGGUCGUUGCGGGACCCCCCCUUGCCUUCAUGCAGUACAAAUCAAGAGAAAAUCUUAGGUACUGCAGAGUUUAAAAAAAAAAAAACAGUGGCUUACUGGUUUGAGGAGUUCAUCCAUGCCAUCGCUGACAUGGAGGUGAAGCUGACUUGAGUCAAAGCACUGCCAUUUUCAGGGAAGCCACUUCGUUUCUCCGUGCGCACGCGUUGUAGGCGAUGUCCGCCGGCUUCCUUGCUCAAGAACAGCCCUUGGUUUUGAUAGUGCCGUUAAUGCAGAGUUUCUCGACCCAGUUCUUGAGGACCCACAGACGGUCCAUGUUUUUGCUCCCUCCAAGAGCAAAAACAUGGACUGUCUGGGGAUCCGCAAGGACUGGGUUGCAAAACAUUACGUUAAUAGCACACGUUACUUCUGUUGCCUUCUCACAGUGACAAAUAGAGUUAGCCAUGCCUCACUGCCGAAUUUGAUUUCUCCCGUGGCUGCCGUUUUUUGCACUGGAUAGUAAUGACUGCCGCCUUCGCUGCUUGUGAUGCGUGAUACGUGACGCGUAAGUACCGCCACUGGUCAAGGCGUGCGUCCUAGACACUGCACACCGACCCUGUUGAAGAUACACUAAAAAAAAAAAAAGACAACAGAGACGACGGAGUUUCAUUCUACUUGGUUAAUAUUAAAUAUUUUACCUUGUGCCGCUUUGAUGUUAAAAUAAAAGCUACAGGGAAGAAAACAUAUGAUAGAAACCGUAGGAGUUAAUGGUCUGCAGAGAUAAUGAGCAUAAUUCCCCAUUUGUCUUUUACUAAAGCUAAAAAAACGAUAGGAACAAAUGGGGCAAAAAAGCAACACUGAUCUAAAACCGUUUGUCUUAUCUUUGAGGAACCUUCUAUUUGUACUAGGCGCUAGCUUCAGGAGGAGUUUUUUAUGUUUUCAAUGUAAUUAUGUAGUGAAUAGCACUAUUAUAAAGCUACUUGUCAUUCCAUAAGUCUGUGAGGAUUGCUUUGUGUAUCACUGUGACUGCUGUGCGUGCUUAGAAGUGUAGAUUUCUUAACAGAUAGCGACCAGUUUCUUCUGUAGUGACGUUGUAUAAAUACUGCCAAUCCCUCCUCUACUGCAUUGCUGAUUGGCUGCAGUGGAUUAGCUGUCCAUUAGCCGCGAGCCAAUCAGGAACCACUCGGCUGUAUGUAGGAGCACUGGAGGUGUACACCGGAGUGGGUCCAUUCACACAGCAUCUUGUAGAGCACUGUGCAAUAUUGUACGUCCAUCCCAUAGUGUCGCCUUGGUGGCGUGGCCCAAGGAAGACAUAUGUUUGGAUAAACUACUUUCCAAGACCUGGUUAGGACACAGCACAUACUGAGUCAGGGUAGAUUAUAUUAGAGCUCAACACAUCGUAUCACGUAUCGCUCCAUGAAAGUUAACUUAAAUGUUUUUUGUUUUUUUGUCGUUUCCAUUAUUUCCUUGCACACAGAUCCAAAUUAAAACGUUUCAGGAAAAUAUCAUUGGUUAACACCAAAACAUGGCACCAAAAAUUGUAUAUACUUUUAUAUUUUUCCAGAUAUAAUUAAUAUUGGAAUUAAAAUGGAAAAAGUAUCAAUUACAUCACUUUUGUUAUAGCCCGAGUCUAGUUUAAUACUCAUCAGAUCAUUCCAUUCCUGUUUUAGGGCCCUAUUUUGUUUUUAAAUUAUUGAGCUGUUUUAUAGUUUUAAAACGUGUGCCUGAAUGUAGUGGACGUUGUUUUUUGAGUUUUAUUUUUCCCUCCCUCUCUUUCCAGAGAGAUGAGGUGUAGUGGGCACUUUUUAAAUUGUUGCAAUAAAUAUUAGUUCUUUGUUCGACUUAAUUGUAUGUUGAAUUAUAUAGAUCAUUUAAUUAUUCCAAACCUGUUAAAUACUGUAAAAUAUAUAUGGCCCAAUGAGUGAUAUUGCCUUCACAAAGUGUAUUCACUUUGUGGGACCUGUUUUUUAUUUAAUAGAUUUAUAUUAAAUAUUUUGAAAUGCUCGUUUAAAAAAAAUUUAAAUUGGUGGGGAAUGAAAGUAAACAAAAACGAAAGAUUUCACAGAGAUGCGUCAAACAAACUAACGCAUCAUUGCCGGGCCAUGUUCCGCCAAUGUGGCCCGACCGCCACAUGUGUAAAGUCACAAACGCAGAAGCCAUUACCUCCAGUGCGAAGUGACGUUUUACAGACCCCCGCCAAGGCGUGCAAGAGACUCAAAGUAGCUAAAAACAAAUAAAUAAAAUAACGCAAAAUAGCAGAACUUGUGUGACCAUGACAAACCUUUCCGCAAACGAUAAAAGCCACAUCUAGCUUUCAGACGAAGCUGUGUAAAGUAUUAGAAUCUGAUGCUGUAGGAAGAUCCUAGUUGCCUUUGUGUACAUUAACUGCCUGCUUGACUAUUUUUGUGUGUGAAAAUUUUCUCUGUAACCGUGUAGAAAAAUAAUCGGGGUGUUCUUUCCUGCCGCACUGCCUCGCGCCGCCGGCGAGCCCGCAGCUGGAUUGCUGUGUAUACCUUCAUUUUUGAUGGUGUUUUACGAUUUCGUUUCACUGUGCGUAGCGUGAUUCACUCUGUGAGGUUUUCUGAUCGUGCUUAUAUAACUGACUUCAUAUACACAAUGUUCAAUAAACAUGUUUUAUUUCCUGUUGA